CUGUACAUGUAUAGUGACAAUAAAUGGCAUAUCUAUAUCUAUGUACAGGAACCAGGGCCCCUUCAGCCCCUCAUGCUAGCCCUUUGUCACUCUAUUAGAUCAUGCCUUAUACGUGCCCAAUCCCCUUCACCAGAACCCCCUCCUUGAUUAAAUCAUCGGCAAAAGUCAAACACAUCAACAUCACACGGCAAUACCCCAUGCAUCGUGGCAGGAUCUGCUUGGAACACCAUGUCGAUGAACUGGGAAGAGGCCCUCCUUAGUCAGGCAGCAAUCUCCUCUGCCAGUGGAAGGACAAAGUUAAAAAAAAUAAGCUCCAAAACAAAGAAAUAAAUAGGGUUAUGAUUAAUAACCAGAAUGAGCAGAUGUAAUAACAGGGUAACUAGUUAAUCUUCAUUAGAGCAAUCAGUUGAAGAUUAUGGCUUGUGUCCUUUCAUCAGCAUCUGACACUUCGUUGCACUCAAACUCCUAAAUAUUUGUGAAUAGUUUGAAAGGGAAUUGAUUUAUUUAGUGUUUUUUAAACGUUUUCAAGACAAGGGCAGAUAGUUAACGUCAUACUAUUGAUGGAGUGACCUUGUUCCCUGGCGAUACUGGACACUGCAGGAUUGUGGGGGCAGGUUUGGGAUGUGUUCUGUGCCAGCUGGUUGUAGACUUCACUCAUGGACCUUCCCGCCUCGUCUCCUGAGUACACCUGGUGCUAUGGAGCUCACUCAGGUGUAGGUCAGAAGGCACCUGGACUGGGAGGCUGGAGAUCGGAGGUCUACUCUGGUGCGGCUCUCUGCUUACGGACCGAGCUACCAGCUGGUCACCGACCGACCCUGACCUGUCCCUUGAGUGUUCUGCUUCAGUUGGGGGGGAGGUGAAACUAUCCCAAUUGUUGGGAAAUAAGUCAAAAUAUAAUCACUUUGCCAGCUCUUGAUAAAGUACCAUCUUGGGUAUUCCCUGCAUCCAAUAAAAGGCUGGAAUGGGGGUGGAUUCCUUCCAAAUGCAGAGACACAACUAGCUGGGAGUAGUUUGAAUCUGGGAUCAUUCAAACUGUGGUGGCUGCACUGUUCAGACUGUGAAAUCUCCCAACAUGAAUGUGAAAUGCUGCAUGCUGAUCGCCCUUGUGCUUGCGAUAAUCUGCAUCGACUGGACCCAAGGAAAGCCGUCCUCGAUAAUAAACAGAUGUAAGUGUCGUGGGGGAACAAUGCGCCUUCACCCGAACCACAUCCAGAAGCUGAUUGUGCUUCCCAUCCCAAACUGCCCCAUGCAGAUCAUAGCCACUCUGAAGAACAACGGUGGCCAGGUCUGCAUUCACCCGAAGACAAGAUGGCUUCGCAACAGAAAAAGAUACCUGAAAUCCCUGAUGUAGACGCUGCCAUGACAUGCGGAUCCUGUGGGCCUUGUCAACACAUUUAUAUUCCAUGAAGACUGCCAUCUGCUUCACUCAGUAACCAACUAUUGAAAACCCAGCGAUAUCAUUUACCAGCCAAACAUUUAUACCAACAUCUGUUGACCAAUGCUUUCAGAUUCAGUGUAAUGACUAUCUCUAUAUUGGUUUCACCUUCCACACGCUAACCUUAUGUCUGAACAAAGAGGAGCAUUCGCAGGCCGUGACAAGGCAGUGCCUCAGUGGUCUGGUUUGGACCCAUCUCUUCUUGCACAGCCUAAAGUUGUAGGACAACUUGUUGAAUUUGAUCUUAUUUGAUUGUGCACGCCAGGUUGAUUGCAUUCGUUGAAACAGGGCGGACCAGGUGAAGGUUGCAAUCUCCCCCCCGACCCAUGUAUUGGUAUGACAACCUAACUUGCUUCUUUCACCACAUAACUUGCAGGAACUCAACUAACCAAUAGAACAUCUCAAAGACCUGACCAAAAGGAUGGCAGCCCCACUGUGGGCAAGUUGGAGUGGUGCAGGAGAGAUUCUCCUGCAUGUUACCUGGGCUUGUGCGCUUGAGUUAUAGGGAUAGUGCUGGAGCUUAAUUCUUUGAAGGGUAGGAGGUGUGAAUUUAUAGCGAUGCACCAGAUACAUGGUAUAUACAUGGCUGGUCCAGAUGAGUUUCUGUUUAAUGGUGACGCCAGGAUAUUGAUACAGGAGUGUAAUAAGAAGGAACUGCAGAUGCUGGUUGAUACCAAAGAUAGUCACAAAGUGGUGGAGUCAGGUCAGGCAGCAUCUCUGCAGAAAAUGAAUAGGUGACAUCUGAAGAAGUGUCCCGACCCGAAACAUCACCUGUCGAUGUUCUCUAGUUUGCUGCUGGCCUGCAGAGUUACUCCAGCACUUAUGUCUAUCCAUUGUUACUGGAGACUUGGUGAUGGUGAUAUUGAAUAUCGAGUUGGUGUUUAGACUGUCUCUUGUGUUGUGGGGUAAUAUUGCUUUGCCGGUUAUCGGACCAUGUGAAUGCAAGCCAGGCUCUGCUCUGUCGAGGCAAGAGCUGCUUCAUUCUCUGACACCAGCACUCCACAGCCAACCUUUCACCUGAAAUGGAAAGCAGAGGCAGCCGUUGGUCGACAGUGAGGUGUAUGCACCAAGGGAAAUGAUGCAUCAGUCCCAGACCACAGGCCAACAAAACCCAGCAGGAAAAAUAAAUAAUAGCAGUUACUCACAGGCCCCAUAAACAUUCAUACAUCACAAGGGGUCACGAGGGAUAAUCUGGUGGUGUUUGUUCUGCUUCUCAUAACACAUAAACUUGCUCUGCUAAAUAUGUAGGAAAUACACUUUACACAUGCAUACAGUACGGCAUCUAAAACAAUCCAUGCUCCUUUUCAUUUCUUGAAUGCUUUCUUUUGAAAAUUGCCUGUAGCUCAGUGAUAGCUCUCCCACCAGCUCUUGAUGCUCUCAUCUC